AGGGCGGGGCGGGCAGUGCGCGCUCUUGUGGCCUGCUGUCCUGGCGGCGCCAACAGGAGCGCGGAGAUCGUUUCGACAUGCUACGCCGUGCUCUGUUCUGCUUGGCCCUGGCCGCGCUAGUCCGCGCGGGCGCCGGCGCCCCCGACGAGGAGGACCACGUCCUGGUGCUCCAUAAGGGCAACUUCGACGAGGCGCUGGCGGCCCACAAGUACCUGCUGGUGGAGUUCUAUGCCCCAUGGUGUGGCCACUGCAAGGCUCUGGCCCCGGAGUAUGCCAAAGCAGCUGGGAAGCUGAAGGCAGAAGGUUCUGAGAUCAGACUGGCCAAGGUGGAUGCUACUGAAGAGUCUGACUUGGCCCAGCAGUAUGGCGUCCGUGGCUACCCUACCAUCAAGUUCUUCAAGAACGGAGACACGGCGUCCCCCAAAGAGUACACAGCUGGCAGAGAAGCCGACGAUAUCGUGAACUGGCUGAAGAAGCGCACAGGUCCUGCUGCCAGCACGCUGUCUGACGCGGCUGCCGCGGAGGCCUUGGUGGAGUCCAGCGAGGUGGCAGUCAUCGGCUUCUUUAAGGACGUGGAGUCGGAGUCUGCCAAGCAGUUCUUACUGGCAGCAGAGGCCACCGAUGACAUCCCCUUCGGGAUCACAUCCAACAGUGACAUGUUCUCCAAAUACCAGCUGGACAAGGACGGCGUUGUCCUCUUUAAGAAGUUUGAUGAAGGCCGGAACAACUUUGAGGGGGAGGUCACCAAGGAGAAACUUCUGGACUUCAUCAAGCACAACCAGUUACCCCUGGUCAUCGAGUUCACUGAGCAGACAGCCCCGAAGAUCUUCGGAGGGGAAAUUAAGACACACAUCCUGCUGUUCCUGCCGAAGAGCGUGUCCGACUACGAGGGAAAGCUGAGCAACUUCAAAAAAGCUGCCGAGAGCUUCAAGGGCAAGAUCCUGUUUAUCUUCAUCGACAGCGACCAUGCUGACAACCAGCGCAUCCUGGAGUUCUUCGGCCUGAAGAAGGAGGAGUGCCCGGCCGUGCGCCUCAUCACGCUGGAGGAGGAGAUGACCAAGUACAAACCAGAGUCGGACGAGCUGACGGCAGAGAAGAUCACCGAGUUCUGCCACCGCUUCUUGGAGGGCAAGAUCAAGCCCCACCUGAUGAGCCAGGAGCUGCCUGAUGACUGGGACAAGCAGCCUGUCAAAGUGCUCGUCGGGAAGAACUUCGAAGAGGUCGCUUUUGAUGAGAAAAAGAACGUCUUUGUGGAGUUCUACGCCCCGUGGUGCGGUCACUGCAAGCAGCUGGCCCCCAUCUGGGAUAAGCUGGGAGAGACGUAUAAGGACCACGAGAACGUCAUCAUUGCCAAGAUGGACUCCACAGCCAAUGAGGUGGAGGCGGUGAAAGUGCACAGCUUCCCCACGCUCAAGUUCUUCCCCGCCAGCGCCGACAGGAUGGUCAUCGACUACAAUGGGGAGCGGACACUGGACGGUUUUAAGAAGUUCCUGGAGAGCGGCGGCCAGGACGGAGCCGGGGAUGAUGAUGAUCUAGAAGACCUCGAAGAAGCAGAAGAGCCUGAUCUGGAGGAAGACGAUGAUCAAAAAGCUGUGAAAGAUGAACUGUAACACAGAAAACCAGACCUGGGCACCCAAACCCGGCACCUCCCAGUGGGCUGCACACCCAGCAGCACAGCCUCCGGACGCCCACAGACCCUCCCGGAGAGGGAGCGUCGAUCGGAAAUGCAGGGAACUUUUUUGAAGCCACACUUCACUCUAACACACGUGUAAAUCUAAACCCGUCUUCCUUUGCUUUGCAACUUUUGGAAAGGGGUUUAUUUCCAGGCCAGCCCAGCCCAUCUUGGUGGGCCUUUUUUUUAAAUUGUGGUGUACUUUUUUGUACAUGGUUCUGUCCAGAGUGCCCGCUAAAAUGUUUUGGAAUCUCAUGCUGGCAACGUCUCAUUCCUGUUAGGUUUAUACUAUCACUUUAAAAAAAAAUUCCAUCUGUGGGAUUUUUAGAUGUUUUUGGAAGUCAGGGCGUCUGUUCCACCUUGGCCAGGCCUCCCUGGGACUCCUGUCCCCUGUGUGGGGCAGGACCAGGCCGGUCUGGACAGGUCCCUCACCUCAUGCGGUGUUGCCAUGGUGGAGCGUGGCUCCUGCAUCGUUUGGUUAAAUGGUGACUUCAGGUUUCUGUCACAGGGGCCCCCCCCAUGACUGGAGGGUGCAGCUGCAGCCCCCUCCUUCCCCAAGCCAGGGUCCUUGUUGCUCUGUGACAUCCAGGGUGGCCUGAGGCCCGCACCAGGCAGAACCAGGACCCUCCGUUUCCAGGCUGGGAGGCGGCCAAGGAUGCUUGCUUGAGCCGAAUCACAUGUUGACAGUUCUUCAGGCAUUUCUACCACAAUAUUGGAAUUGGACACAUUGGCCAAAUAAAGUUGAAAUUUUCUGCC